GGACAAGCUGGACUGGGAGGGUCGUAAAAAAAACUCUUGACAAUGUAUAGUUAUUUAGUUGCAUAAAUACAUAUUGGAGGAGAGGUCAGGAGAAACAGUUGUGAUAGAUCUAAGGAUUAAGGAUUAAUAUGAUCACAUGCAAAGACAAAGAAAGACCUGUUGCAAAAGCAGUAGCUAAACACAGCUAUUUCGUGGUUGCUAUGCAUCCACAAAUAUGCCGAAAGUAAACGCCUCUUUCUUCCCCCCCAAAAAUAGCGUGCGUCGUGCCAGUUGGCCGUGAACGAAUAGUGUAGUUGAAGUUAGAACACACCGAAAUUCCAUUUUCGCGACACUUACCAUCUCCUCUCCAAUAGCUAUGGGUUAAAUGUUAAACCCUUGAUAUAGCCUACCCGUUGAUGAGGUCAGUAGAGCGAGAGUGAGGGGUAGAGAUCGAGGUGGGGGUUGUAGAGACAGGAAAGAACGGGAGAAAAGGAGGGAGAGGGAAGGAGGGGAAUAGACAGCCAUUACCGAAUCACAGUCGUGGUAUUCAUCGCUUCCUUGUCCCGGGUCAGUACAAACGGCUGAGUAGCAGCCCUGAUCAGACCGUCUGUACCUAAACGUGCUUCCGAAAGAGGAAAGACGCUUGUCGUGAGGAGGGCGACUCGAAGAGCCACAGCAUCCCUGUCUCUGUAACCCCGUAAAAUAUUCCGACUCGAGGACCGCUAUUCCCCGCCCCUCUCUUUUUCCAGCCCUCCGGCGUGAUGGAGUCCUCGGACGAGGAGACACUGAGCGAGCGCUCCUGCAUUAGCGAGAGGAGCGAGCGGUCUUUGCGUAGCGAGCGCUCGGGGGGCUCCCUGUCCCCCUGCCCGUCCGGGCCCCAGGGCCCCCCUGGGGACACCCUACCUUGGAACCGACCGUCCAGACACGAGAGAGGAGAGAGGAGGAAGAGGAAGACCCACGACUCGGUGCUGGACCCGGCGGAGAGGGCGGUGGUGCGUGUUGCUGAUGAGCGAGACCGGGUGCAGAAGAAAACCUUCAUGAAAUGGGUCAACAAACAUCUCAUCAAGGUGAGGAAGCACAUCACAGACCUGUACGAGGAUCUGAGAGAUGGACACAACUUGAUCUCCCUCCUGGAGGUCCUCUCUGGAGUCACCCUGCUGCAUUUUUCAUUUCUUCCUGCUCUACCUCUUUCUCACGUUCUCUUUCUCUUUGAUCUCUUUAUUUUGGACAAUCACCUCAUCUUCAUCCCUCCAUACAAUUCUUUCAUCCUCCAUCCACUCUUCUCUCACUCUCCUCAUCCCCCCUUCCCCUCUGGAUGGCAGCAGCUCAAGGGCGUGUCCUCGCUGAGGAGGGUGUGUAUCUCCCGAGCUCCCCCGCUCAUCUUGCUCGGGGGGGAAGAGGUGGAGGAUGGAGCUCAGGGACCCAGAGAAAAGGGUCGCAUGCGAUUCCACCGGCUCCAGAAUGUCCAGAUCGCCCUGGACUUCCUCAAACAGAGACAGGUCAAACUGGUGAACAUCCGGAACGAUGACAUCACAGACGGCAACCCCAAGCUGACACUGGGCCUCAUCUGGACCAUCAUCCUGCACUUCCAGAUCUCUGAGAUCUAUGUGAGCGGUGAGUCUGGGGACCUGACGGCUAAGGAGAAGCUGUUGUUAUGGAGCCAGAAGGCCUCCGAGGGCUGGCCUGGCCUCCGCUGCACCAACUUCUCCUCCUCCUGGAGCGACGGGCGCAUGUUCAACGCCCUGCUCCACCGAUUCAGGCCAGAUCUGAUUGACAUGGAGGUGGUGGCACAGCAGAGUAACCUUGACAACCUGGAGCAGGCCUUUGAGAUCGCAGAGUCGCUAGGGGUGACCAGACUACUGGACGCUGAAGAUGUGGACGUUCCGUCUCCAGAUGAGAAGUCGGUCAUCACAUACGUCUCCUCCAUCUACGAUGCCUUCCCCAAGAUCCCAGAGGGAGGAGAGGGCAUCGCAGCACACGAGGUGGACCACCGCUGGGCAGAGUACCAGUCUCGUUUCUCCAUGCUGCGCCAGUGGAGCCGGCAGCACACGGCCCUCAUGGCCAACAAGAACUUCCCACUGGACCCUGUGGAGCUCAAGGCACUUUACAAUGAGUACGUCCAUUUCAAAGAGACGGAGAUCCCUGCCAAGGAGCUGGAGAAGAGUGGUGUUGAACACCUCUACAAACUGCUGGAGGUAUGGAUGGAGUUUGGGCGCAUCAAGCUGCCCCUGGGCCUGCACCCCAACGACCUGGAGGAGGAGUGGGGCAAGCUGAUCCUGGAGAUGCUGGAGAGAGAGAAGGCCCUGCGGCCCGCUGUGGAGAGACUGGAGUUAUUGCUUCAGAUGGCCAAUAAGAUCCAGAACAUGGCCCUGGACUGUGAGGAGAAACUCACCCUGGCCAAGAACACACUGCAGGCCGACAUGUCCCGGGUGGAGAGUGGCGAGGCGGUGCGUUGUGAGAGGGAGCUGAGCUUGUACCUGCAGGACUGUGAGGUUCUGAUCAGACGGCUCAACGUGGACCUCCAUGUCCUCAGGGACCAGAAGUACUACCAGGUGGAGCAGCUCGCCUUCAGAGUGUCCUGUCUCCACGAGGAGCUGGUCUCUCUCCGGCUCCAGUGCUCCAGCGUCUACAGGAAGGGUCACUUCUCCCCGGUGACGGGGGGAGACCGGACGGCCCUGCGGGGGAGCGACAGUGGUGUCUCCCUGUCCACUGGGGCCCAGACCCUACUGGGGGCAGUGGGGGUGAUGGGGGCAGCCCUGCUCAGGAGACCCAUGUCCCGCUCUCAGCUGGUGGCCAUGUCAUCCUCAGAGGACGAGGGGAGUCUCCGGUUCGUCUAUGAGCUCCUGGGAUGGGUGGAGGAGACACAGGACAUGCUGGAGCGUGCAGAGUCGGGGGCGGACCUGCCCUCCGUAGAGCAGAACCUCCAGGACCACCAGAACAUCCACACUGCCGUGGAGGAGCUACUGCACAGCCUAAAGGAGGCCCGCAACUACGAGACGAAAGUCUCUCGUAACUUCAGAAGCAAUUAUUCGGACACUCUGGCCAAGCUGGAGCAGCAGUACUGCAAACUACUGGAAAACUCAUCGUGGCGUAUGCGCUGCCUGGAGAGCCUGCAUGCGUUUGUGUGUCGCUGUACAGAGGAGCUGAUCUGGCUCAAUGAGCGAGAAGAGGAGGAACUGGCCUACGACUGGAGCCACAACAACACCAACGUCAACGCCAAGAGAGAUCUAUACGCCGAAAUGAGGUCAGAGCUGGAGGAGAAACAGGAAGUGAUGCACUCGCUGCAGGAAACGGCCGACCGGCUCUGUCAGGAGAACCACCCGGCCAAACAGACAGUGGAGGCGUACAGUGCAGCGCUGCAGACCCAGUGGCAGUGGGUACGCCAGCUGUGUGUGUGUGUGGAGCAGCAUCUCAAAGACAAUACUGCCUACUUCCAGUUUGUGAGUGACGCACGGGACUGCGAGACGUACCUGCGUCAGCUCCAGGACACCAUAAAGAGACAGUACACCUGUGACAAGAGCAGCAGGCUGGGCAAGCUGGAGGACCUGCUGCAAGACUCUAUGGAGGAGAAGGAGCAGCUGAUUGAGUACCGCAGCUCUGUGGCCAGCCUGGUGGGCCGGGCCAAGACGGUGGUGCAGCUCCUCCCCCGCAGCGCCGAGAGCACCCUGGGAAGCACCACGCCCAUCCGCGCCAUCUGUGACUACCGGCAGAUAGAGAUCACCAUCAGCCGAGGUGAGGAGUGUGUGUUGGAGGACAAUUCUCAGAGGACUAAAUGGAAGGUGAUCAGCCCCAGUGGGAAUGAGGCCAUGGUGCCGUCAGUCUGCUUCACCGUACCACCGCCCAACCAGGAGGCCAUGGACACCGCCAGCAGGAUGGAGCAGCUGUACCAGAACGUGAUGUCUCUAUGGCACAAUCUACACGUCAGCAUGAAGAGUGUGGUCUCCUGGCACUACCUGCAGAAAGACAUCAGGACCGUGGCCUCUUGGAGCCUGGACACGGUACGUUCCCAGACCCCUGUGGCCAGGGACCAGGCUCUGAACCAUUUGGAGGCCCACCUGGCUGACUUCCUCUCUGACAGCAAAGAGAGCAUCCUCUUCAACCCCGCUGAGAGACGCGAGCUGGAGAGAGACGCCCACACCGCCCAGGAACACUGCCAGGACCUGCUGGUCAACAUGGAGACAGUGGAGAAGGAUGAGUCUGUCUCUCGGUCCUACCUGUCAGAGCUCCAGAACAUUAAACUGCGUCUGGAGGAGGCGGAGCAAAAGCUGAUGCGCGGCAUUCAGACUCUGCCCCCUAGCAACCUAUCAGGCAACAGCGUCGACAACACUGUUCAAAUUGCAGAGCAAGAGAAGCUGCAGUCGGACCUGGAUGGUCUGAGGACCAGUCUUGGCGAGGUGUCGCGUCGCUGUGUGAGUUUCUUUGAGGAGAAGCCCACCUCCUCCAGUGUUCCCGUGCUGCGCUCUGAACUCAACCUGGCUGUGGAGAAGAUCGACAGACUACACAACCUCUCCUCUGUCUACCUGCGCAAGCUGAAGACAGUGGAUGUGCUGAUCCACAGCUUGCAGGCUGCAGAGAGCCAGGUGAAGAGGUACGAGAGCAGGCUGAGUGAGGAGGACAUCGUUCCUGCAGACGCCAACGCCAUCCAGGCCCUACGGGAACAACUGGGGACGUGGCAGUCGGAGCUUGAGGACCAGGAGAGGGUGUUGAGCUCCCUGCAGUCGGGGGUGCAGAAGGCCCGGGUGGCGGGGACUCAGCUGAACAGGCUCCACCCAGACCGCAGCCCGGAGCUGGAGCGCUACCAGGAGAAAGCCGCCCAGCUCACCGAGAGGUGGGCCGGAGUCAAGAGACAGAUGGACACACGGCGAGCCGAGCUAAAGGCCCUGGGCUCAGUCCUGCAGCAGUACAGAGACGGCCACUCUGCUCUGAUCCACUGGAUAGAGGAGACCACUGAGAGACAGGAGAACACCCAGCCUGGACAGACUGACAGCAGAGUCCUGUCUGAACAACUGGCAGAACAAACGGCAUUAGUAGCCGAGAUCGAAAAGAACCAGACCAAACUAGACGAGUGCCAAACCCACUCGAAACAGUACUGCACCUCUGUCAAGGACUACGAGCUACAACUGAUGACAUUCAAAGCCUUUGUGGAGUCGACCCAGAAAUCCACUGUUAAGAGGAGGAGGAUGCACUCUUCAUCAGACGCCAUCACGCAGGAGUUCAUGGACUUGCGCACACGCUACACAGCCCUGGUUACCUUGACGACGCAACACGUCAAGUACAUCAGCGAUGCACUGAGGAGACUCGAGGAGGAAGAGAAAGAGGUGGAGGAGGAGAGGCAGCAGAGGGUGGGCCAGGUGUCAGAGCUGCUGGGCUGGGUCAAGGGCCUCCAGGGCCCCUCCGCCGAGUCAUCCAUUGCGGCGCAGCAGGCUGUCAGUGAGCAGUUAGCGGCUAAGAAGGAGGAGGUGGCUCAGGCUAUCAGGAACACCCAAGUCUUCCUGAUGUCUAAACAGGCCAGCAAGUUGUCCCCAGAGGAACGUGUCCAGGUGACCUCCCAGCUGGAUGAGCUGACGGCCACCUACAGCCAGCUGUGUGACCGUUCCACCGCCCGACUGCAACAGCUGGAGCAGGAGCAGGCCAAAGAGGAGCAGAGAAAGAGCCAAGCUGCCAUUGGCGGAGUUAUUGACCUGGGCACCAUGGAAACUGUCCCAGUCUUCCAAGCUGCUCAGCGUGGCCUCAUUGAUCAGGACACCUGCCAUGUCUUAUUGGAGGCCCAGCUCACCAUGGGUGGGUUAUUUCAGCCUGUCUCCCCUGUGAGCCUAUCACUGGAAGAGGGCUUCAACUGUGGCCUGAUUGAUAGUCUCAUCAGCCAAUCCCUAGCAGAGCUGGAGAGUGCCUUGCAUCUUGUCGACCAGACAGAACAACUGGAGGGCCAGCUCCUUCCAGUGGCUGCAGCCAUGGAGGAGGGCCUUAUCAGAGAGGAGUUGGGGCUGCGUAUCCUGGAGCUGCAGAUGAACACAGGAGGCCUGAGGGAGUUGGGAGGAAGACGACUGACCCUGGAUAGUGCUGGAGAGAUGGGCCUGCUGACCCCAAGGGUCUACACCAAGCUCAGGUCACGGGUCAAUCGGCGGGAGCUCGUUGACCCUAACACAGCAGAAAAGCUGAAUCUGUCUGAACUGCAGCAGCGCUGUGUCCUCAGCGAUGACACCGGCUUGUAUCUGUUGCCAGUCAAACAGCAGCCAGGAGGCACCGUCUGCCUCGCUUCCGGCAGGAAGGUUGGGAUCUUCCGUGCUGUCCAAGAGAAUCUGAUUGACAGGCAAGUUACGGUGAGAUUGCUGGAGGCCCAGCUAUUUGCUGGUGGGAUUGCUGACCCCCGUACGGGACGCCGCCUGACUGUGGAUGAGGCUGUGCGUCACAAUCUGAUGGACCAGGACCUGGCCUGUGCCAUGCUGACCCGCCAGCUGCAGAGUGGUGGGAUACUAGACCCUGUAAGUGGGGAGCGCCUAGGGUUGGAGGAAGCCAUCCAGAGGGACCUGCUCUCACCUCAUCUGGCCCUGCUGGUGCUCGAGUCCCUCUGGGCUUUUAUGGGGAUGCUCUGGCCUGAGUCAGGGGAGCUGCUGCCCAUUGCAGAGGCUCUACAACAAGGGGUCAUCUCGGGAGAGCUGGCUCUGAACAUCCUGAGACAACGCCACACGAUAGGUGCCCUGUACCUUCCUGAAACCCCCAAGGUCGUGUCCCUGAAUCAGGCUAAGGAGGUCCUUGAACCCAAAGUGGCUGAGAUUCUGAAAGAGAUUCAGAUCCCAGAUGUGCUACACAACAUGAACCAGUCAGGCUCCCCAAAUCUAAAUCGCCUAAGCUGGGGCUCCACUGGGUCAUCCCCUCCCUCCUCACCACCUGCCUCUUCCCCAGAGCACACAUGUUUCCCCUCAUUUCUGGAGGAGAUGGCCCCUGAGGAACAGGCACAUCACCGCCUGCUUUUCCAUUUAAUGACCCACAGUUAUAUAGAUGCACAUUCAGGCCAGCGCUUAGUGUUGUUCGAGCCUGAGCUGGUGGAACUUGUCAAGGCUGCUACUGGUCUGAUCAAUGUGGAUCCUAUACCUGGAGUGGUGGUGUCAGGGUUGAGUUUGACUUCACAGAGACAGGAGUUUAUGGAAGUAGUGCCAAUUGUAAGUUUGGCAGAUAAUCAGCAGACAAGGGAAAUCGGAGAGGUCCAGGAAAAGAGUGCAAAAUUAAGCUCGUCUGAAAAAUAUGUUUCCUCCAGAAAGAUGGUAGAAGAAGCUGAUAGUCAAGGAUGGGAUGGUACAUCUGACAUGAUAUUGCAGGCUAAGCUAACUGGAAUUAAGGAGAUGGGACAGGUAGACCUUGACUCAACCAUGAGAAUAAGUGAGAAGGUAGAUGGAGGUGUACAUAAAGAAGUAAAAGGUGAAAAGGAUGACAUUUUUAUUUUUGAAAGUGUCCAGCCCUCAGCUGGACUACCAGAAAAGCAAUUAAUUACAGGCUCGUAUGAAGAGGGGCUGGUAGAGAUUGAAUCAGAGGGAGCAAGAGAGAGUCACAAAAAGACAAAGGAUAAGGACUCACUCAUGGAAGACAUUGGCGGCACACUUGUAGAAGCCUCAGAAAUGUACUCCACGCCAUUUAAGACCGAGGCAGAGACUCUGAUGCCAACCCAAUCUCAUGCCAACCCUAUUCCACCAUCAGAGACUAAUGAAAAUGAGAGCAUGCCUGUGAGUGUUGGAGUUAAACAUACUAUGAAGGAUUCUCAGAGGAUCACAGUGAAGAGUGAGGAGGAUGUAGAGCUGGAAAGGUUGACCUCAGAGCUUCACCAAGGGGGUCUACUGAUGGAAGGAGGGCAGCGGCUUCUCCCAGAUGAAGCCGUGGCUCAGGGGGUCCUCCCCGGACACACUGCAGUCAAGCUGAUGGCCAAGGCAGGACUUUUCGGAGGUUUCCUGGAUGUCAGCGCGUGUGAAUCUCUGAGCAUGGAGGAUGUGAUGCAGGAGGGUCUGCUUGAUGAAGACCUGAUGUGGAGUGUGCUGAAAUCAGAGAAGACCCUGGCAGGGGUAGUGGAUGUAGAGAAGGGGAAGAUUUGUACCCUGAAGGAUGCUGCUCAGGCAGGCCUGAUAGACUCCAACACAGCUGCUCGGCUCCUGGAGGCCCAGGUGGUCUCAGGGGGAGUGGUUGACCUGCGAAGGGAUAAGAAAGUGUCUGUUACCCUGGCAGCCAACCUUGGGCUGAUAGAGGAGGACCAACGAGAAAAGCUAGUUGCGUUGGAGAAGUCAUACCGUGGAAAAUACUCAGACCCAGAUUCAGCACUAACCAAAGCAACGUUGCAGCUGCAAAUGGAUGGGGUUGUCGAUCCCAAAACAAAGUCACCUGUUCGCCUAAAGCUGGCCCUUGAAAGAGGUUUGCUUGGGCAGAAGGAAGUCUAUCAAGCCUUGUCUCAGCAAGUGGCAGAGGGUGGCAUCGUGCACCACAACUCUGGAGUUAGACUGUCAGUUGCUGAUGCUUUGCUGCGAGGUCUGGUAGAUCGUGCCAUAGCCCCAGAACUGGGGGAGUUAGAGAGAGCAUGUCAGGGGGAAGUUGCCCUCUCUUCAAACCCAGAUGCUGCCCUCCUCCAGGCAUCCACAGGUGCCAUUUUGGACCCUGAUUUAAAUUGUAGACUUACAUUGACAGAGGCUGUCUCCGAUGGUCUGCUCGAUGAGAGCACUGCCAAGAAAGCAAUGGUUUCUCCGGGUGUAACACAAGGUUUGUUGGAUCCACAAAGUGCCCAAAUUGUGCCUUACUCAGACCUUGUAAACCAAGGCAAGAUUGACAUUAAGAGUGGAAAGCGCUUCUUGGAAGUGAAGCCUUUCAAGGGAAUCCAGGAUAAGCAAACAGGUAAAAUCCUGAAUUUAGCUGAAGCAAUUGCAUCUCAACAAGUUGAUCCGGUCCCAGCGCUCAGAAUGUUGCAAAGCCAGGCAGACACUGGAGGGAUUAUUGAUAUUUCCAAUGGAGCUAGGCUUCCUCUGCCUAAAGCCUCUAAGAAAGGGCUGGUGGGAGAACAUAUGGCCAGGCUCAUUGCCACCAACCAGGUUCUGAAAGGGGGCUUAUUUGACCCUUCCACGGGGCAGAGAGUCUCUAGCCUGAAAAAAGCUGUCAAAUAUGGGCUUAUAUCCAGAGAAAUGGCUGCAGAACUCCAGGGCAACUUGGGCUCCAUGGACGUAGAAUCUGACGAUGAGGAUAGUUCAACACCCAUUGCCUCCUCAGAUGGGACCUAUAGUCCUGCAGUCUCAUUAUCAAUAUCCAGUCCAGACAGCCAAACCAAAAUAAUUAUUGAAAGCUCUGAAGUUAUUUCUCCAUCCCCACAUCCAGAAGAGUCAGAAAAGGGGUAUAACCCUUUGAUGAUCACAGAGGACAUUGUAAAGACUCUAGAAGCUGGAACGUUCAAGCAGUCAGAAGAUCUGCAACACCAUGGCUCUGUACACAUUGAAGACGAGAUUGGAGAGGUCUCAAUAGCCGGGAAGUCAUUUGACAUCGACUCAGACCAGUCAAUCAAUUUGUUGGCUCAGUUUGCAAUCAAUGCGGAGAAAAGGGUUCAGCAGGCCCUUCAGGAGAUGGCGACUCCGCAAGAUGUUACUGUUCGACCACCAGAAAAUGAUAAAAAGGGGUCUAGACCUGUGGGUGAAAGUAGUUCAGUCUUUGCUAUGGGCAAAGAACCACGGAUGGACUCGACAGGGGCCAUUGGCAGAGAAGGUAUGGAUCAAAAGGGCAGCAUAGAUAUUUCUACACUGGUUGAGAGAGAUGAAGGGAAGACAAAUGUGGUAGAAGACAGUACUGAGAGUGUGGUGGAGCAAGGUAGAAUGGAGGUUGAGAGGGACACAAAGAUUGAGGUCACAGAGCGUGAUGAUCUUGGACAUGCAUCACCCCCUUCUAAGGAGGCUGAAGGUAAGAGCAAAAAGAAGAGGAGGAAUAAGAAGAAAGGAAAAGGAGAGGUUGACAUUGAGCAAAGACCCUCAGAAGAAGCUGAUAUUCAGAAAAUGCAAAACAAAGACCAGAAUGUACAAUCUAAGGAUAAGGGUGUUGAGUCCACCAGAGGUUAUGUUACCCCGCAGGAGAAAGAGGAGUCCCUUGUGCAAGAUGUUCAAUCUGCACUUGAAAGUGCCAGGGCACAGACUGUUGAGAGGUUUGGAGAUCCAGAAGAUAUUGGCAAAUUAAGGGAAGCUUCUGCUGUUCCGCUUGGAGUCAUAGAAGAUGCUCUUGAGGUAGAGAGAGAUGGUACAGAGUAUAAGGUCUCCGAGGACCAAAGACGGGUGGAGAAGAACAAAACGUCUAAGAUACCUAUGGCAUCAGAGAAGGUUGAACCUGUGACAGAGAAGAUACCAUCCAUCCAUGAUAAAGCAGGUUCUGAAGUGACAGUAACGAAGGGUGUUCUCAACAGCUUAGACAAAAAGUCUAAGAUAACCAUAGUAGCAGAAAAGGUUGAAUCUGUGGCAGAUGAGCGAUCGUCCAUCCAUGAUAGAGUAUCCAUUCAUAAUAGAGUUUCUAAAGAUGAGCAAACGCGGGAGGGCGAGCACAUUGUGGGAAAGAGUGAUUCAGAUGGGGAGAAGACGGUUUCUCAACAGACUGGACAACAGGAGCAUAAGGAUAGAAAAGAGGUGGAAUUCACUCUGAAAACCCCCCAGGCAGCAAAUGACACAGAGGCCCUUUUACGGAAGGCAAAAGAGAGUAUCCUGAGGAAGGUGUUUGGGCGAGGUGUUAGUGAGAAGCAAGCUGCAGAUGAGCUAGAGGCACUGCGUCAGGGAGUGGGGAAGAAGGAGAGUUUGGUGACAUCUGUAGAGGAAGUUAAGACUGUAGGGAGUCCUGAGGUUUCACCAGAAGAGGGUAAAGGAAUUGACAAGAAGGAAGGAGAAAGAGAGAAAGUUCUGCCUCACCAUUCUAUGAUUCAUGUAGCAGCAGAGGAAGUGGAAAAAGCUCUGCCAUACCAGGUUAAAAGAGGAAGGAAAGAGGAGAAAGUUUUACUAGACCAGGCUAAAGAAGGAGAGACCGAGGAGAAAGUUCUACCAGACCAGGCUAAAGGAGAGAAAGAGGAGAAAGUUCUACCAGACCAGGCUAGAGAAGGGGAGAAAGUUCUACCAGACCAGGCUAAAGAAGAGAAAGUUCUACCAGACCAGGCUAGAGAAGGGGAGAAAGUUCUACCAGACCAGGCUAAAGAAGGAGAGAAAGUUCUACCAGACCAGGCUGAAGGAGAGAAAGAGGAGAAAGUUCUACCAGACCAGGCUAGAGAAGGGGAGAAAGUUCUACCAGACCAGGCUAAAGAAGGAGAGAAAGUUCUACCAGACCAGGCUAAAGGAGAGAAAGAGGAGAAAGUUCUACAAGACCAAGCUAGAGAAGGGGAGAAAGUUCUACCAGACCAGGCUAAAGGAGAGAAAGAGGAGAAAGUUCUACCAGACCAUGCUAGAGAAGGAGAGAAAGAGGAGAAAGUUCUACCAGACCAGGCUAAAGGAGAGAAAGAGGAGAAAGUUCUACCAGACCAUGCUAGAGAAGGAGAGAAAGAGGAGAAUGUUCUACCAGACCAUGCUAGAGAAGGAGAGAAGGAGGAGAAAGUUCUACCAGACCAGGCUAGAGAAGGAGAGAAAGAGGAGAAAGUUCUACCAGACCAGGCUAGAGAAGGGGAGAAAGAGGAGAAAGUUAUACCAGACCAGGCUAAAGAAGGAGAGAAAGGGGAUAAAGUUCUACCAAACCAGGCUAGAAAAGGAGAGAAAGAGGAGACUGUUCUACCAUCUCAAACAGACCAGCUUAAAAAGAUGAUGCCGGGAAAGAAAAAUCAGAAGAACAGAAAGUCUAAGAUGCAUAGAGUGGUAGAAAAAGUUGAACCUGCGACAGAGGAGAAGCCAUCCAUCCACAAUAGAGCAGAUUCUGAAGUGAAAUCCAUACCGGCUGAUCUUGAGAGCUCAGUCUCUGGGGAUGAGCAGAAGCUUGAGGAGCAGCAAGACAGUAAAUCAGAGGAGCUGAACAAAAUGGCUGCCUCUACCAAGAGUCUUAGUGGAGUUGACGCCAAUCAACAAAGAUCAACACACACCACUGCACCGUACCAAAUCAAUGCACAUCUUGAGGAGAAAACUAAGGAGGAUAUUUCUUUGAGGAGAGAAAUUGACCCACAUGGCAAGGAAAUUGAACCAUUUAGGAUUGGUACACCUGAGAAGGAUGUCCACCUAGACACCCAUCGUGUUAUUGACGUUGUGGGUGCCUCUCCUGAAGCCCUUGUAUCCAUGUCAGGUGCCCAUCUGGUCAAGGCCUCUGUGGCUCCAGGUACCCAGACUGCUAAGACCACAGAGGAAAUGGAUGCACAUCUGGUGAAAGAUACUAAGGAGGACAGGUCUCUGAGCAAACAAACUGAUCUUCCUGGCAAGGACAUUGAACAACUAAGAAUUAGUACACCUGAGGAGGCAUCUUUGGCACCUGCUACCCAGCCAGCAAAAACUACUGGCAAAGGGAAGAAGAAGAAGCAACAGCAGCAAGAACAACAGGAGCAGAAACUUGACAGUGAAACUGAGUGUAAAGAGGAACAGUCCCUUGAGGAGUCCACAGAAUCAGGACAGUCCUGGUCUGACGAGAGCCCACAGUCUGAUGCAAAUGAGAUGGUUGAAUCUGAUACAACAGAGGUGCCCGAAUCCGAUACAACUGAGAGCUGGGAGGAGGAGGAUGGAGAAAUCCAAGAAUUGGAGAUGAGGAAAGAGAAGAGCCCAGCUAAGACGGGAAAGUCCUCGUUGCUCCGCCAGGAAUUCCUGGAACAUGACCAGCAAAUUGUGGCUCUGCUCUCUAUGGUGAGACACAUCGAGGUUCGCCUCAAGCAGCAGCAGCAACAGUCGAUUGGUCGCAGCCUCAUUGCCCUUGAUGACAUCAUCAAACAGACAGAGACCUUGGAUCUAGAACUUUGGGAUUUAGAACCCCAGGUCAAAAAGGAAGUGCAUGCUGCUGAGCAGCUGCUGGAGCCCCGCCCACAGGAAGUACCACCUCAGCUACUAUUGGCCUUGGAAAAGGAUGGGCGAAGCUUAGCUCGAGGUUACGAGGCUGCCAGAGGGGUUUCAGAAAAUAUCCUGCAGGGGCUGCGCGCACACAGAGAGGCACAUAAGGAGUCAGUGACUGGGGAACAGAGGUCACUUGGGAGGCGAGUAGAGGAUCUUCUCUUCUGGCUGAAGGAGACUGAGGCACAAAUGACAGGAAUGGAUGGACAAACCCAGGGCGAGACUCCUCCUCAGCGCACACAACAGCUCCAGCUAUGCAAGGAGUUGCAGUCGUCUCUCUCGGCCCGCUCCGAUGACGUGAACGCGCUUGCCUUUGACAUCCAGGUGUUCAUCUCGGAGCGGGCUCAGGACCUGGCUCCAGAACAGAGCAGGCACCUCCUUGGGCAGCUACAACAGCUGCAGAGGGGCUUCCACCGAGCCUCUGGCCAAGCCCACGCCAAGACCGACACCCUCGCCGCCCAGAGAGAAAGGGAGGAGGAGAGGCAGCGCAGGCACAAAGAAAAAGAAGAGGAAGAGAAGGAGAGAGAAAGAGAGAGACAGAGUGCAAGGGAGAGAGAGGUGGUGCAGCAGCACAAAGCAGAGUGCUCACAGAGAUUGGAAGGCCUUACAAUGUGGUUGGCUGGAGCUGCCAGCGUGCUGGCCAAUCAAAGAGCGGGAGCAGAGUCUGGUGACGUGAAUGUGCUGCAGCAGAAACAGAGCGAGCUAAAGGAAGUACAGAAGGACCUGCUGACCAGAGGCGAGGGCGUGGCGGAGACCAUCCGCUCGGUGGAGGAGUUCCUGGCGGAGCACGGUGACAGCCUGAGUCCAGAGGACAGGGCCAACCUCCAGGGGGCACUGUCCCGUAUGAAGGAGCAGUACAGUGCACUGACCGACACGGCCGACUCCUCCCUGGCCCAGCUGGACACGGCCAUCAGCACCACCGUCCAACAGAACACACAGCGGGCGAAGGCAGUAGAGGAGCUGCAGGAGACCCGGUGUCAGAUCGACUCGCUGCUGGAGGAGCUCUCCUCCCUGAACCAGCCUGGGAGAAUAGGAACUGGCAUGACUGUUACUGACCACCCCUCCUCGCCAGAGGGAAGACUACAAUCGCACAGUGAAAUGCUCCAGACGGAGCUCCAGCAGCUCCAGGCCCAGCAGGCCCAGCUGAUGCAGGUGUCCCAGAACGCUCGAUCCCUCCUGGACCAGCCCGACUCGGCCGUGCCAGCCGAGGAGAAACGGCGUCUGCGGGACCAGCUAGACCAGCUCCAGACCCAACACCAGGAGAAGCUGCGGGCCUGCCAGGAGAGGCUGAGGCGCUCUGAGGCCCUUAAGGACGAGCUGGUCAAGUUCCUCCAGGAGCACGGAGGCCUGGGGACCUGGCUGGAACAGAGUGAGCGGGAGCUGGGUUCCUUAGGGGAAGGAGAGACGGACGCACAGGGCCUGAAGGGGAGACUGGAAGAGCACAAGAAGCUGGCGGAGGAUGUGAUCUGCCACAAGGCAGACCUGCGCUUCGUGUCCAUCUCGGGUCAGAAGGUGCUGGACUCUGUCCAGGGGGCUCUGGAGAAGGUAGGAGGGUCUGACCCAGCCCUGGAGGAGACCAAGCAGCUGGUCACGGACAAGCUACAGGACGCCAACCACCGUUACACCGCGCUGCACACCAAGUCGUCAGAUCUGGGGGGGCGUCUGUCGAGUCUGUUGGAACGCUACCAGCAGUACCAGGACGAGGCUGUGUCGCUCCACACCUGGCUCAGCACCCAGGAGCAGAACCAGAGUAUAGCCAGACCCGGCGGAGAGACGGACACACAGACACUACAGAACACACUGCGGGCCGUACAGCUGUUGCAGGAUGAGCUGGCGGAGCGGUCAGUCCAGUUGGAGAAGGUGAGGAGGGCAGGCAGAGAGCUGGCUAACACACAGGAGUCCCCCACUCUCAGAGCUGCUGAGAUCAUCAGCACUGCAGAUGGCCUGGAGAAGAGGUUCAGCUCUCUGUCUGAGUCCGUGUCCGAGCGAGCUGAGCAGCUCCAGACGUCCGUAGCCCAGUCGGUCAGUGUCCAGGAGGGACUGAAGGGCCUGCUAGCCUGGCUGGACGGCCUACUGCUGACCCCCGGGCCCGUCCAACCCACCGCCCAGGCUGUCCAGGACGCCCUCACACAGAAUCAGAAACUACGCCAGGAGCUGUUAUCCAGACAGGGCAGUGUGGAGGCCACCUGCGACUCUGUCUCCAAACUGCUCCAGAGCUCUGACGCCUCCACGGCCUCCGGGCUCCAGGGGUCACUAGAGCGCCUGAGCCGGCACUACGCCGCGGCACUGGCCAAGCAGGCCGAGAGGGAGGCUGAGCUCCGGGGGCUCCUGCCCAAGCUGGAGAACUAUGAGAGACUGAGUACGGACCUGCAGGGUUUUACUCAGACCAGGCUGAGAGCUUUGAGCCCCGCGGGACAGCCUGACCGCAGUGUGGAGGACUACAGACAGACCAUUGAGGAGGUGAGAGCGGAGCAGGAGCAGGAGGCAGGUCAACUGAAGUCAUUCUGCCAGCUGGGGACAGACCUCAGCCAAGCCAAGGCCCUGACCAGCACACAGACCCUACUGGACAACGUCAGAGAGGUGUCCGAUGAGUUCGCCCGACUGGAAUCCAACAUCACUGAAAGGAACAACGCCAUCCAGAGUUGUGAGCAGCGGUUGGGCCACUUCCGGUCUCUCUCUAGCUCCCUCCUCAGCUGGCUCCACACAACACAGGAGCAGCUGCCUCCCAAAGAGGCCAACCUCAACGCAGAGGCCCUGCAGAGGAGAGUGCAGCAGCUCGAGGACUUACUGAGCGACUGGGAGGCCCAGGGUGUUCGGGUUCAGGAGCUGAACAAGACUGGGUCAGAACUGGAGACCCUCAUCAUCAACAUCACAGCCCCCCAGGCCAAGACAGGUGUUCCCCAGAUCAAUGGUGCAGACAGCCCCAGCAGGGUCAAUGGCAUUCACACAUGCAAAGACCUGACAGAGAUGCAGGUGGCGGUGGCGGAAGUGAGCGGACGUUACGAGGAGCUGGGAGGGGAACUGAAGAACAGACGGCGGAACCAGGAGGCUUCUCUGGAGCUCAGACAGAAGGCCAGCCAGGGUACCGAGGAGCUCAGCCGCUGGCUGGGAGACCGUGAGAACAGCCUGCACCUGGGCCAGACUACCACCUCCCCCUCCAAACCUGAGUUGGUACGCGCCCAGGCCCAGGAGAACAAGGCCUUACUGUCUGAGCUGGCAGAGCAUUCUGGGAAGGUGGACGAGCUGAAGAGCACCCUGGAGAAGCUGAUAGCAGACAACCCAGACUCCCCAGAGGCAGACACCUGGAGACAACAAAUGAAGGAGAUCGACUCCCGCUGGGCAAAGGCCAAUGAGACGGCAGUACAGAGGCAGACGGAACUGGAGACCUGUGCUGAUAGGCUGGGCAGCUUUGCCACAGCAGCCAGUCAGUUGGGGCCGUGGCUCAGAGAGAAGGAGCUGAUGAUGAGUGUGCUGGGACCCCUGAGCAUCGACCCCAACAUGCUGAACACUCAGAAACAACAAGCCCAGUUCAUGCUGCGUGAGUUUGAGACCCGGCGGCCCCAGUUCGACCAACUCACCCGGGCGGCCGAGGGCAUCCUUUCACCGUCUGGUGGCGACUCCUCCCCGCAGGAUGCCAAGGACCUAGCGGAGGUCCGGUCCGAGCUGGGCUCCAUCUCUCAGCAGUGGGACGACCUCACUCAACGUCUGUCCCGGCGCUCGGAGGACAUCGACCAGGCCCAGGGCACCAGCGAGCGAUACCAGGCCCUGCUGAAGGACCUUUCAGUCAGCGUGGGGGCGCUAGGUGAGCGGCUGGAUGGCCAGGCCUCGCUCAGUGCCCAACCUGAGGCCCUGAAACGGCGUCUGCAGGAGACAGGCGAGAUCCGCUCUGAGCUGGAGCAGAGGAGGGAUGAGCUGGGCGAGGCGGAGAAGCUGUGCGGUGAGCUGAGCGCCAUCGUGAUUGAACCUUACCUGAGAGACGAGCUGAAGAAGAGGUUGGAGAGUGUGAGGAGCCCGCUGAGGAGCCUGGAGGAGAGGGCCACUGACGGUCUGUCCCAGCUCCAAGCUGCUCUCUCAAGCACCCAGCAGUUCCAGCAGAUGUUCGAGGAGCUGCGGAGUUGGUUGGACAACCAGGGUGGUCAAAGAGACUCUACCGCCGACUCCCUCCCCUGCCAGCCCGAGGCUAUCCGGACCCUGCUUGCCCAGCAAGACGAGCUUCAUCGCGGGGUGGCCAGCCAACGUGGCCCCUACGAGCUCAUCCAGGCCGAGGGGGCCUCCCUGCUCGCCAAGCUACCCGCCGGCGGCGAAGAACGAUCAGCCUUACAGUCCAGGCUCGCCACCCUACGCCAGGACUGGGAUGAGCUUAAUCAGUGCAUCGUGGAACGCCAGAACCUGCUGAAAACCGCCCUGACCAAGGCCGAGAGUUACCAGCAACACCGUGCCAAGCUCACGCCCUGGGUGACAGAGUGCGAGAAGCGGGAAACUGACAUCCAGCCCUCCCUCGACCCAGCGGCCCUGGACAAGGCCUUGCAGAAGGCCAGGCAGCUGGGGUUAGACCUGGAGCACCAUCGCCCCCUCCUGGAGGAUUUAAACACCGCGGCCGACCAACUCCUGGAACACUGCCACGUCGGAGAGGAAGACAUACGCUACGAGAAAGCCCAACUCAACCGUAGAGUCGACGGGCUGGCAGAAAAACUCCAGAACUGUGUUUCCCAACUGGAAGAGUUAGCGGAUCGACUGAAGGAGUUCGAGGACGGGCGGCAGGCGGUGGAGAGGAGGCUGGAGGCAGCGCGGCAUCAGAUCGAGGUGCAGGAGGCGCUGGGCCCACAGGCGUGCAGCAACAAGAGCCUGGAGCGGCUGAGGAGCCAGCAGGAGACGCUGCACUCGCUGCAGCCACAGGUGGCCUACCUGAGGGAUCUGGCCCAGGGGCUGGUGCAGGACGCACCCCACACAGCAGGGGGCGGCGGAGAGGGAGGACAGCGGCUGGAGCAGCAGGCCCGAGACACAGACAGAGAGUUUGGAGACGUCAGCGAAAAGAUUGAAAAGUGCUGUUCCACCCUGGAGUCCCGUCUCCAGGGCGUGGGGGAAGUCCAGUCCUCGGUACGCGACCUCUUCUCCCGCCUGUCCGACCUGGACGACGAGCUGGACUCGCUGAGCCCCGUGGGGCGCGAUGCCGACUCGCUCGCCUCGCAGGCGGAUGCCGUCCGCACUUUCCUGGCUCGCCUGGCCACGUUGAGGUCGGAGCUUGAAGGUCACGGGGGCGACUGCACCGCCAUGCUCCGCCGAGAGGGGUCGUCUCCCGAUCUCCUCGCCCUGAGGAGAGAGACUGAGGCCCUGAGCCGCCAGGCUGGGAAGCUGGCCGAGAGGGGCCAGGCCAGACUGGAGCAGAUCGAGGCAGCUGCCGAGAAGGUGGGAGAAUUCUACGCCCAGGUGGCGGAGCUGCAAGGGCUCCUGGGACGGGCAGAGGAAGGGCUGAACUCGCAGGGCGUGGUGGGGACGGAGGUGGAGACCAUCAAGCAGCAGCUGCACGAGUUCAAGGCGGUGGAGAGGGAGCAGGUGGACAGCAUUCAACCCAAGCUGCAGCGCGUGAACGCGGUGGGCCAGGGCCUGAUCCAGAGUGCAGCCAAACACACAGACACCCAGGCUCUGGAGCAUGACCUAGAGACCACCAACCUCAGAUGGAACUCCCUCAACAAGAGGAUUGCAGAGCGCAUCGCCCAGUUGCAGGAAGCUCUGUUGCAUUGUGGGAAGUUCCAGGAUGCCCUGGAGCCUCUUCUGAGCUGGCUGAGUGACACGGAGGAACUGGUAGCCAAUCAGAAGCCCCCGUCAGCCGAGUACAGAGUGGUCAAGGCCCAGAUCCAGGAACAGAAGCUGUUACAAAGACUGCUGGACGACCGCAGAGCCACUGUUCAGAUGAUCCAGGGAGAGGGAGAGAGGAUCGCAGCCACGGCCGAGACACAGGACAAAGACAAGAUCCAGAAACAGCUGGAGAGUCUGGGAGAGCGAUGGGACAAGCUGCUGGAGAAAGCCAGGGCAAGGCAGUGCCAAUUGGAGGAUCUGCAGGCGCUGGCACUUCAGUUCCACGAGGCGGUGGAGCCUCUUGGAGAGUGGCUGAGUGCCACCGAGCGACGCCUGAGCACCGUCGAGCCCAUGGGAACCCAGACUUCCAAGAUCACCCAACAGAUUACAAAACACAAGGCCGUCCAAGAGUCCGUCUCCUCUAGAGGAUCCGAGGUCAACCGCCUCGAGGCCCUCGGCCAAUCCCUGGCGCCCCUCAGCUGUGCGGCCGACCGCGAUUGGCUGAGGGAGCGUGUGGGGGCGGUGCGGCUAGGCCACUCGGAGCUCAGUGAUUGGUGCCAAUGCAGGGCCGUCAUGCUGGAGCAGGCCCUGGCUAAUGCCCAGCUGUUUGGGGAGGAUGAGGUGGAGGUGCUCAACUGGCUGGCUGAGGUGGGCCAGCGGCUGGGACAGGUGUCUGUGCAGAGCUACCAGCCAGGGGUCCUCACCCAGCAGCACAAGCACUCACUGUCUCUCAAUGAAGAGAUAGUGAGCAGGAAGAAGCAGGUUGACCAGGCCGUCAAGAACGGACAAGCCCUGCUCAAGCAAACCACCGGUGAGGAAGUUCUGCUGAUCCAGGAGAAGCUGGACGGUAUCAAGUCUCGCUACGCUGAGAUGACGGGCGGGAGCAGCAAAGCCCUCCGCAUCCUGGAGCAGGCCCUGCAGCUGAGCACGCGAUUCGCCAGCGCCCACGACGACCUCAACCACUGGUUAGACAAGGUGGAGGCGGAGCUCAACGUCAUGGAGCCCGACGCCACGCCAGCCUAUCAGGACAGACAGAAGGAGCUGAAGUGUGUGUCGGCGGAGAAACGUCUGGUUUUGGACACGGUCAACGAGGUGGGCAGUGCCCUCUUAGACCUGGUGCCCUGGCGUGCCCGCGAGGGCCUAGACCGCCUGGUGGCUGACGCCAACCAGCGCUACCGAGCGGCGGACGAGACCAUAACCCAGCGGGUACAGCUGGUACAGGCUGCCGUCCAGAGGUCACAACAGUAUGAGGAGGCGGUGGACGCGGAGCUGACCUGGGCUGGGGAGACGGAGAGGAAGCUAUCCUCCCUGGGUCCUCUGAGUCUGGAGCCUGACGUCACCGUGGCCCAGCUACAGGUCCAGAGGGCCUUCAAUAUCGACAUCAUCCGACACAAAGACACCGUGGACCAGCUACUCCACACCAGGGACGACAUCCUGGAGACGUGCGGCGACCAGCAGAGAGACGCUCUGGUGGUGAAGACUGACUCGCUGACUGCCCGCUACGAAGUGGUGAGCCAGCGGCACCAGGAGCGUUUCUCAGCCCUGGAGCAGGCCCAGGUCCUGGUGGCCCGCUUCUGGGAGACCCAGGAGGAGCUGGAGCCCUGGCUGGGGGAGACGGAGACCCUUAUCGCCCAGCUGCCCCCACCUGCCAUUGACACCGAGGCCCUGCGACUCCAACAGGAGCAGAUGAGGCUCUUGAGGGAGUCCAUAGCGGAGCACAAGCCCCACAUCGACAAGCUGCUGAAGAUCGGCCCCCAGCUGGCCGUUCUGAGUCACCAGGAGGGGGCCACGGUGAGGCAGCGCUACAGCGACGCCGAGACACGCUACGCGGCCAUCAAGGAGGAGGUCAAGGGUCGCGCCGCCACCCUGGACGAGGCUGUUUCUCAGUCUGCGCAGUUCCAUGACAAGAUGGACCCCCUAUUGGAGACCCUGGAAGGGGCUGUGCAGCGCCUCCGUUCCCCUUCUCCCGUGGCGGCGGAGGCGGAUAAGAUCCGGGAGCAGUUGGCUGAGCACAAGGCUACCGGGCUGGAGCUGGACAAACUGCUGCCCUCCUUCUCUGCCCUGUGUGCCCGUGGCGAGGAGCUCAUCAGUAGAGCAGCCCACGACGAUCCUGCCGCUGAAGCCGUGCAUUCCCGUCUCCUGCGUCUGCGCUCCCUGUGGGAUGAGAUCCGGCAGAGGGCUGAGGAGCGGGAGGGGACCUGGCUGGGAAGACAUCUGAGAGAGAGGGUCAAGGAGGGGGCUGGAGGGACAGAGGGGAGGGUGGACCCCUCACUCAUCAAACAGCAGAUAGAGGCGGCUGAGGCCAUCAAGGCCGAGACAGAUGGGCUGAGGGAGGAGCUGGAGUUUGUACGAACCCUUGGGGCUGAACUCAUCUUCGCCUGCGGAGAAACGGAGAAGCCUGAGGUCAAGAAGACCAUUGACGAGAUGAAUGUGGCCUGGGAAGGCCUGGACCGGACGUGGAGAGAGAGGAUGGAGAGGUUGGAGGAGGCCAUGGCUGCUUCUGUGCAGUACCAGGAUGCAUUGCAGGGCAUGUUUGACUACCUGGACAACACAGUGAUCAAGCUCUGUGACAUGUCCACUGUGGGCACUGAUCUGGGAACUGUCAAACAGCAGAUUGAAGAGCUCAAGCACUACAAGGUGGAGGUGUACCAGCAGCAGAUAGACAUGGAGAAGCUGUGCCACCAGGGGGAGCUGUUGCUCAAGAAGGUCUCGGACCAGAACGACAGAGACAUGAUCCAGGAGCCCCUCACGGAGCUCCGACACCUCUGGGACAACCUGGGGGACAAGAUCAUUCACAGACAGCAUAAGUUGGAAGGGGCUCUCCUGGCUCUAGGUCAGUUCCAGCAUGCCUUGUCUGAGCUGCAGUCCUGGCUGAGUCACACCCACGCCACCCUGGACACACAGAGACCCAUCAACUCUGACCCCAAGGCCAUCGAGAUAGAACUGGCCCGACACCACGUGCUGAGGAACGACGUGUUGUCCCAUCGCUCCACGGUGGAGACGGUGAACGCGGGAGGGGCUGAGCUGCUGGAGUCCAGUCCCGAGGAGGCCAACCACCUCCGCGGCCAGCUGGACCACCUCAACCGCGGCUGGGAGAACCUGCUACUCAAGACCCAGGACCGGCAGAAACUACUGGAGGCAGCACUGCACAAGGCGGAGGGUUUCCAUGGUGAGCUGGAGGAGUUCCUGCAGUGGCUGAGGAGGACAGAGAGCCAGCUGUCUGCAGCCAAACCCACAGGUGGCCUGCCUGAGACGGCCCGGGAGCAGCUGCAGCAGCACCUGGAGCUUCAGACCCAGUUGGCCCAGCGCGCGGAGCAGUACAACCGGCUGCUGGACGCGGGGGAGUCCAUGUUGCUGUCCCGCGGGGGGGAGGAGGGCGGCCCCGGGGCUGGCACGACCCAGACCCAACAGAACCUGGCCCUGCUGCAGAACAAGUGGGCCAGCCUGAACACUAAGAUGGAGGACCGCAGGGCGAAGCUGGACGAAGCGGUGUCGCUGGCCACGGGGUUCCAGUCCUCCCUCCAGGACACCAUCAACUGGCUGACCCAGGCUGAGCAGACCCUCAACAUGGCUCAGGCCCCCUCCCUCAUCCUGGACACCGUCCUCUUCCAGAUAGACGAACACAAGGUGUUUGUGAAUGAGGUGAACACCCACAGGGAGCAGGUUUUGGCUCUGGAGAAGGCCGGCUCUCAGCUGCGUUUCGCCAGUCUGAAGCAGGAUGUGGUUCUGAUCAAGAACCUUCUGCUGAGUGUACAGGCCCGCUGGGACAAGCUGGUGCAGAGGUCCCUGGACCGCGGCAGACACCUCGACGAAGCCCGCAAGAGGGCCAAGCAGUUUCAUGAGGCUUGGAGGAAACUGUCAGACUGGCUGGAGGAGGCUGAGAGCCGGCUAGACUCGGAGCUGGAGAUCUCCAACGAGCCAGACAAGAUCAAAGUACAACUGACCAAACACAAGGAGUUUCAGAAGGCGCUGGGUUCUAAGCAGCCGGUGUAUGACACCACAGUGAGGUCUGGUAAGGCCAUGAGGGACAAGACCACCCUGCCCGAAGACACCCAGAAACUAGACCACCUACUGGGGGAGGUCAGGGACAAGUGGGACACCGUCUGUGGGAAGAGUGUUGAGAGGCAACACAAGCUAGAGGAGGCCCUGCUGUUCUCAGGUCAGUUUGCUGAGGCCCUGCAGGCCCUGGUGGACUGGCUGUACCGUGUAGAACCCCAGCUGGCUGAAGACCUGCCAGUCCACGGAGACCUGGAUCUGGUCUCCAACCUCAUGGACUCGCACAAGGCCUUCCAGAAGGAGUUGGGAAAGAGGACAACUAGUGUUCACGCCCUGAAGCGCUCAGCCAGAGAACUGAUGGAGACGGGCCGCGACGACACCGCCUGGGUCAAAGUUCAACUGCAAGAGCUCAGCAACCGCUGGGACACAGUCUGUGCCCUGUCCGUCACCAAGCAGACCCGUCUUCAGCAGGCCCUCAAACAGGCAGAGGAGUUCCGCACGGAGGUGCAGCUGCUGCUGGAGUGGCUGUCCGAGGCUGAGCAGACCCUGCGGUUCCGCGGCGUGCUGCCUGAGGAGGCGGAGACUCUGCAGACGCUGCUCCACACCCACCGGAACUUCAUGGCCACGGUGGAAGAGAAGAGGACCGACGUGAACCGGGCCGCGGGCCAGGGCGAGGCCAUCCUCACCACGUGCCACGCCGACUGCAUCACCACCAUAAAACACUGGAUUACCAUCGUCCGCUCCCGCUUUGAAGAGGUCCUCACAUGGGCCAAACAGCACGAGCAGCGUCUGGAGACUGCUCUGACAGAGUUACUCAACAACGCCACGCUAUUGGAGGAGCUGUUGUCAUGGCUGCAGUGGGCAGAGACCACCCUAGUCCAGCGUGACGGAGAGACCCUUCCACAGGACAUCCCUCAGCUCAAAACACUCAUCACAGAACACCAGGUGUUUAUGGAGGAGAUGACCCGGAAGCAGCCUGACGUGGACAAAGUGACCAAGACUUACAAGAGGAAACCAGCAGAGCCCCCUAGCAGCCUAGCUGAGAGGAGAGGAGCUCGUAAAAACCAGCAGCAACAACCGCAUCAACAACAGGCGGCGAUGCAAGUCGCCGGGGGCAACCCCCGCUUGACUCAGCUAUGCUCAAGGUGGCAGCAGGUGUGGCUGCUUGCCCUCGACCGCCAGCGGAAGCUCAACGACGCCCUCGACAGGCUUGAAGAGCUGAAAGAGUUUGCCAACUUUGACUUUGACGUGUGGAGGAAGAAGUACAUGCGCUGGAUGAACCACAAGAAGUCGCGCGUCAUGGACUUCUUCAGACGCAUCGACAAGGACCAGGACGGAAAGAUCACUCGCCAGGAGUUCAUCGACGGCAUCCUGGCCUCAAAGUUCCCCACCAGCAGGUUGGAGAUGACGGCGGUGGCAGACAUCUUUGACCAGGACCGAGACGGUUACAUCGACUACUACGAGUUUGUGGCGGCGCUGCACCCCAACAAGGACGCCUACCGGCCCACCACCGACGCUGACAAGAUAGAAGAUGAGGUGACCAGACAGGUGGCACAGUGUAAAUGUGCCAAGCGGUUCCAGGUGGAGCAGAUAGGAGAGAACAAGUACAGAUUCUUCCUUGGAAACCAGUUUGGAGACUCGCAGCAGUUGCGGUUGGUGCGUAUCCUGCGCAGUACGGUCAUGGUGCGGGUCGGAGGGGGCUGGAUGGCCCUGGACGAGUUCCUGGUCAAGAACGACCCCUGCAGAGUGCAACACCCUGGACUUAAGAUCCUUCGCUCCGACUCCAGUAGCACCAUUUCAUCUCGUAUAGCCCGAGGCCGUACCAACCUGGAGCUGCGUGAGAAGUUCAUCCUUCCGGAAGGUGCUUCCCACGGCCUGGCGGCGUUCCGCUCCCGAGGCCGGCGCUCCAAACCCGGCUCCCGCACGGCCUCGCCCACCCGCUCCUCCUCCUCGGCCUCGCACAGCGCACAUAGCUGCGCAUCCUUGCCCUCUGCUCCCGCCACCCCCACCGCCUCCUCUAGGUCCUCAAACUCGCGUGGCUAUGCCAAGCCCUGGCUGGCACACAGUAAAACUCCAACACCAACCAAGUGCCAGUCCUGCCCAGACCACGACCACACCACGCCUGGGCAUGAGGGAGCAGCGUCGGGGUCCAAGCUGAAGAGGCCCACCUUCCACUCCAGCCGAGGGUCUCUGACUGGAGAGAAUGGAGGAGCUACACCCAUUUCUACUAAACCUGGACGUACCGACCCCAAACGUACCCCAUCGGGGGCCAGUGGUCCGGUCAGCCGGGCGGGCAGCCGGGCGGGCAGCAGGGCAAGCAGCCGGCGGGGCAGCGACGCUUCGGAUGCCUCUGAGCUCCUGGAGACUCGCUCGGACACCUCGGACACCCCCCGGCGCCCAGGAGCGGCCAAGCCCUCCAAGAUCCCUACCAUCUCCAAGAAGGCCCCAAGCCCCAAGACACCCGCUUCUGGGAAGAAAUAGUGAAGGAGAUGUCAAAAAGACGUCAUAAAAACGUCAUACAGCCAACCAUAGAGUCGUCAACAUAACAGCGUCAUACAUCUAACUAUCGGGCUGGUUUGACUACAAGGGCUUCCCCAGCCCCCCAAAACACCAGCCAUGAUGAAAUAGGGAAGAUGUCCAGACUAUAGAAUUUGAUCAAGUAGAAUGCACCAUCUCCCUUUCAAAGAGACGCUCUAUAGUGAACAGACUACUGGCGGCCAUAUUGGGUGUCACAUUUGAUCCAAACGUCCAUCCAUAGGGCUUGCAUGGGAUUCAUGCACCAAGACUACUGUAUGAAGGGCAGGGAGAGAGAUAGGGGAAGAUAUCUCUCCCUUCCUCCCUCGUACACACACUCUGAAAAAAACCUCACUGGGGGUGUCUGGUUCGUGCACUUAGACGGAACAGAACUUUCCCCUUUUAAAACCCAGAUCCCAGUUUGCCUUCCAGUCUCCUGUGUGCUCUGUCUCAUAACGGGAUUGUGCUAGACUGUUGUAGAGAAAGCCACAGCAAUUUGAACCGACAACCAACCAACAUAAUGCUGCCUUACUGUGUUACACAUUUCUGUCCUUACUUUUACCUAAUCUGAGUUCCAGAGAACGUUAGGUAGAGCCUUGUAACUACUUUGUGUAUGUACACGCACAGAACUGAAGCACACACACACACACACACAUUGAGGGGAGAGAUUAAAUGACUCUGAACUUCCUGGAGAAUGGCAUUCAAAAGAACUGGAUUGUGAGUAUUGUGGACAUAAUUUUUUUUCUCACCAUGAGUUCAACUGAAUAUAUGCAAUGAUUGCCGUCUGUUUUUUUCCUCCCCUGGACUGGGAAGUGAAGAGGAAUGACACUUCAGCAUGUCUAUGGGUCGGGAACAUCCAGACUAGCGUGAAUCUACUGUUCAGUGUCUGGGCGGCGCCACUCUGACCACUUCCUGCACUGAGCUAACUGCCUAAACCUCAAGCCCAGGAGACCGCGGAAGUGGCGGGAAACACACUGCAAUGUCCUCACAAACCCCUGCAACAUUGGAAGUGUGUUUAAAGGUGUGUAUGUGAGUGUGUGUUUGAUGGUAUGGAGGGUUUCUCAUGUUGUCCUAAUAAUAUGAAACCUGGGUUUCUGAGAAGAAAAGCACUAUUUCUUGGUGGGACCCCACUAACAGCAGAAACGUGACGGUGUGAAACAAUGUAGUCGAUUUGUAAGGACACACAAUUUAAGCGACUAUGAUUCUACGAUUAGAGAUUGAAGACCAGCACACACUGACGGUGUAUCGUUGCCGCUGGAAACCCCAGAGCCGCAAACACAUUUUUGUACACGUGUGUAGUCGUCACGUGUUUACAGGAAUCAAAGGUCAUCGACUUGCGUCACUGUAUGCAAAGAUUUCAUUUGUGAAUGUCUUUCGUUCGGGUUAAUUUAUCAUCCUGAUGUAUUUUGUUUUAGUUUUGCUUUAGUAGUUUAAGAAAACAUUUCUAUUUAUUUUUCAGUUCUGUAUCCUCACCUUGGAGAAUGAUUAGUGUUAAUACAAUGAAAUCAUGAUCUUUUGUACCAAGGAAAAUGUCUGCUCCUCUCUUCAACGUUGUAUGUUAUUACUUCUUAACAUAACUUUACUCAACUAGGAAGCUGACUUUCCAUGGCAGCCUUUUUUGCUAAUGACUACAACUCCCUGGACAUGACUAAAGGGGGUUGCCCUUAUUGUGUUGACAAAAAAAACUACAAAUAUGGAUGACAGGGAACCGAACCCCCAGUGUCCCUCCUUACAGGCGUUUGAAUUGUCAUGUCUUUGAUGGCUGCAAAUGUGCUCCUCUAUUUCUUAAUGUGAGAGCUGAAGUAUAUGAAAGCUUAAUGAACGCAAAUGUCAUCUUGAGGUGAUUUUAUUUAUUUAUUGUCUCCUUGGGGGGCGGGGAUCCGGGGACGCGGAAGAGGAACCCACCUUUUGAUGCGGUGUUAUUCUCUGUGAUGAAGAGAAAAUAUGUCGGUGGGAGGGGGGUUAGAAGUCAAUUGUGUAAAAUAAAAAAAAGCUAAGAAUAUAAACCUUUUUUUGUUCUCUUUUUGUAUUAAAAAUAUGCUUGCAGUAAAAAAAAA